AUGGGUUGCCACAUUGAAGGCGGGUGCUUAUCCACACGAAGUGACGCAAAAUCCCCCCUGCCGAUCAAAGGCGACGAGUCUGAGCGAUGCCUACUCCCAAUACCUCAACAGCUACGCGCCAGCCCGUCAGCUUCUUCAAGCCCCUGGACUGCUCGAGGGGCAACACCACGGCAGCGGCGGCGAGGUGAGUGUGAGAGCGCACAUGUUGUGCGGUCCCGACUGACGCGCUUCCAGUUGCGCAUUGACAAAGGGGCACCAAGUCUUGACCUGUGCCUUACAACACCGGCCCCGACCUACGAGAACGAGUGCCCCCAGGGUUCGGUCUGGGUGCCUUACAUGAAACGACGCGUGAAGUGUGAUGAAGCGAAACCUUUCUGCCAACGAUGCGUCAAGUGGCAGGGCUUCUGUGACGGCUACGAUUUAUUUGCCCGUGCGGCGGCAGCAGCUGACGCCGCUCGAAGUCUAGCACCGGCAGCACAGCGACUGAGACGGCUAGCCCCGGCACCUGCACAUCUUGACAGCCGUAUACUUCUGGAGCCCACGGAAUGUCGGCGCCAUCGGCAAGUCCCUUCACAAGGGGUUCGUGCCGACAACGCACCAAGAAAUGGCAGCCCACGGCCCGCGUACGGACAGGCCCUGUCGUACUACGGUCGGGCGCUGAGCGACGUGCGGCGCGCCACGGCGGACCCGAGCUCGCUGAGGGCGACGGUCGUGUGCUGCCUGCUCUUCGUCUGCUUCGAGGUUCUGCACACGGACUGCCGAGCGGCGUACGCUCACCUUGACAAUGGACAGUUGCUGAUGCACGAGAUGACGAUGCGGGCCCGUUCGUCGGGCAUCAAGUCGAACAUUGUCGAGUCGGAAGCGCUGGAACGUGACUUUCUCCAGAUAUUCCAGCGACUCAUCCACCAGACAUGGUCGUACGGGGUGAUCCGGCCGCCUCUGAUGGCACAGAUCGAGGCGCAGGCGGCACCCAGGAAACCGCAGACCAUGUGGUGCUGUCGCGGUGGGCCCAAGAACCACCACGUCAUCGAGAACAUGCCCGACUCGUUCGACGACUUUUCCGAGGCGCGACGGUGGUGGGAGGUGACGCAGCACGCGGCCACACAUACGUCCCACGUCGUCUUCCGCGUCAGCCACAACGGCCUGGGCUCGCUGUUCAGCGGAAACUCGGAGUCGAUCAAGAUGGCCAUGGAGGAGGCCACGUACGGCCACAUGGCAACGGAAGACGACCUCUUCGGCAACAGGCAUGCGCGCUCGCGGCAUCAUGUCGACUCUGUCGAGCGCUGGUGGCUGGCGUUCAGACCACUCUGGGAAGCCGUUCAGGCGGUCAAGGACCAGGACAAAGCGCGGUAUCUGCAGGGCGCGCACUUGCGGGUGCAGUACCUGAAUCUGUAUGCAAGCGUCAUGUCGCCUCUGGGAUGUGACUUCCCAAGCGUUGUGGCCAUGACGCCGAUCUACAGCGAGAUUGUCAGUCUGUCCAGCGAGAUCCUGCCGCGGCAGCGAGACAUGUUUGGCGCCGUCACGCAGGGCGACAUCUUCUCGAUGGAUGCCGCCGUCACGUUCCCACUCUUCCAGGCGAGCAUGCGCUGUCGAGACGCCAAUGUGCGCGAGGCAGCGAUACGACUGCUUCAGGAGAACCCCAGACGCGAUGGCAUGUGGGACAGCCGCAUGUUCGAAGCGUUGGUGGUGCAGAACCGCACGCUCGAGGUGGAGAAUGCCAGAGAAGGAAGCCUUGAAGAGCAGUGGUCGAGGUUACAGCAGAGGAGGGCUCAUCUGGAUGAAGAGGGGACGCUCAAGACCAUUGGGCUGUUGAAGGAUGUUGCAGCUGGCAAGUGGAGGCUGCAGCAGGAGGCUGUAGGGAGGUUUCUGUAUGACUAG